UGAGGCCAUCGCUGGCACCGGCUGACACCUAGUGAACGAUAUUAUCGGCAGAGCAAGCGAUGUUUUGGCAGCUAUAAAACUCUCCAAUUUGACAAUUGUGAGGCAUGAAUACAAACAAACACUCACGCAGUGCAUUCAGUAGGCGAGCGUAAUAAAUAUGUGGGAGAAUUCCCACAUAUAUAUAGUAUUCAGUGCCAGUGCCGAGAACUCGGACCGAAAACGGACGCGUCGUGCACAUAUGCGUGAAAAACUAGCUGGCAACAACGGUGGCGAGUCCAAAUGCGAAGAAAAGCCAGUAAAUCGCGCGGCGAGUAAAGUGAAUAAAUUCGGUGCGGACCAUUGCCGUUUCGGGGCGAAUAAUGUCUGCGUCUGUGAUAUGUGUUGACUUGAGCUCGGAGUCUGAUGAAGAGUCGCCAGCGAAACGACGACUCGAGGAUCCUUUGGGACUACUAACGCCAUCCCGUAGGCAAAGUUUGCCUGCCAAACUUCUGAACAUACCAAAGGCCUCCCUGGAAUCCCCGAUGGGAGUGCCACUUGCAGGAACAGGAGCAAGGGCGACUCCGGUCAUAGCGGAUCCACUUCGAUCCAUGCACAUCCCCAGUGGAAUCACCGUUACUAAGCACCAGAAGAACGUCCUCACCACAAACGGAAACCUGACCAUCUCCCUGGCAGAGAACAACAACAACACCACCAGCUUCAACAACAAUGUGACCCCGAAGCAGAUCAAGAUUGGCACCGGCCAGAGAGUGGCCUGGUCGGUGAGCAACAAGGCGCCCAGUCCGAAUGCCGUGAUAACCUCCGUGCCCAGCCACCAGGUGAGGGUGACGCCGUGUAACCAGAUACGGCUCGCACCCGGGUCAAAAAUCAUCCCGGUGUCAAAAGCAACGCCUGCAAAGAUUCAACCCGUUCUUGGGAUAGGUCAGCCUCAACAACAGCCACAAGCCCAGCAACCGAAGGCCAUAAUACUGGGUGUUACGAAGCCCAAAACUGUAGUAGGUCAAAUGGCGCCGCAGCAGCAGCAGAAGGCGCUAUCACUCCAGGUCCAUCAGAAAUUAGUUUCAGGACAGCAGCAACAUAUAACUUCCCUGAGUCAAUUGCAACUUAGACCGGUGGGUAUUCAGCUUCAGCAGCAACAGAAGCCACUGGCUGGCCAAGCGCCUACGCAGCAAAAACCACUGGCAGCACAACUGCUAACGCAGCAAAAACCACUGGGAGGACAACUGCUAACGCCGCAAAAACCACCACCUGUGGGAUCGCUACAACAGCCUGUUAAACAGAAUACGGCGAUUGGAGUACAGAUUCAGCAAAUACCAAAGGUUUUCGUGGGACAACAGCAGCAGAAGGUGUUCCUUGGGCAGCUGCAACAGCAGCAACAGAAUACGUUCCUGGGGCAACUACAGCAGGAGCAACAGAAGACGUUCGUGGGUCAACUGCAACAGGAGCAACAGAAAUUAUUCCUGGGGCAACUACAAAAACAGCAGCAGCAACUCCAACAGAAGAUCGUCGGGCAAUCACAACAGCCAAAAUUUCCUUCGGGGCAACUACAACCACAGCACAAACCACCACAGCUGAAGAAUUCACUGGUGCAACUAAAACAGCAACAGCCAUCACCACAGCAACAGAAAACUUCAGUAAGCCAACAACAACAACAGCAACCCCACCAGAAGAAUUCACUGGUGCAACUUCAACAGCAAUUACAACUGCAACAGAAAACUUCAGUAAGCCAACAGCAACAGAAGACAUCAGUGGAUCAACUCCAGCAACAGCAGCAGCAGCAGAAAUUACUGCAAAAGAAUUCACUGGUGCAACUACAAAUGCAAUUACAGCUGCAACAGAAAACUGCAGCAAGCCAACAGCAACAGAAAACAUCAAUGGGCCAACUCCAGCAACAGCAGCAGCAGAAACCACAGCAGAAGAAUUCACAAGUGCAACUACAACAGCAACCACAACAGCAACAGAAGACUUCAGCGGGGCAACUGCAGCAGCAGUCUCAACAGCAACAGAAGACUUCAGCGGGGCAACUCCCACAGCAACAGAAGACUUCAGCGGGGCAACUUCAACAGCAGCAAAUUACACCAAAAGGGGCCGUAGGGCAAAAGGCAACACCCCAAAAGCUACUAGUGGCCCCAGGGCAACAGCAUAAGUUACCUGUCGAACAAGGCCAGUCGCAGCAGAGAACAAAUGUAGGACUACUUCAACAGCAACAGGUGUCACAGAAGAAAAUCGUGGGGCCUAUACAACACCAAAUUAAGAAUCCUUUGGCCCAACCGCAGCUUCCAAAAACAUCGGUGGUCCUGCCGCGGCAACAACCUCUCCCGCAAAGUCCCUUGCUGGUGGCCCAACAGCAAUCACCAAAGACACAAAUGGCUAUACAAUUGCUAAACUCUGUGAUGGGCACACAGUUUCCGCCGCAGCAACCUUCGCUACCCGUUGUCAAUCAAAUCACACACAAAUCGAUGACAAUUCAGAGACUUCCCAUGUUGCAGGCACCGCUAACGGGGCAAAAAAUUCAGCCAAAAAUGAUAACUUCGCAGCAGACGCCACCACCCGCUCACAUAGUACAAAAGCAAACAAUGCCAAACGCGGCAAUGAACAAUCCUCCGGUUGCACAUCGUCCACCGAUAGUGAGGCCCAUGACUGUAGCCAAGAUCACGCCUGUGCCUACAAACAGCAAAGUCUGCUUCCCAAUGAAGCCGCAGGUGGCUAGAGCUGACAGUCCCACAUCCCCAACUAUGACUGCAGCUCGUACUUUGCCCUUUAGAAGCUCGCAGCAUAAGGCAUCCAAAUCACCAAUGACUUCGACGCAUGCCCAGGGAUUCACAGCGAGUGCCACUCUUCCGCAGCGCCUUCUGGCCACUCCACCGCUUUGUGCCGCGGCUUUAAAUGAGCCGCUGUUGUUAAACUUGCCGCCCACCACUAGCAUUACGCCGCAACUAACGCCUACAACAACUCCACCGCCCGCUGGACCGUCGACUGGGGUUCAGCAACAGCAGCUUGCCAAGGCGGCAGCCUUUAAAUUGAAUUCCUUGCCCGGAGCGAGCAUAUCUCCAGUGAACAGGACUCCAACUGCAAGCGUCAAACGCAUCCAGCCCAUUACCGUGCUCAAGAAAUCCGACGAGGAAUGGCGAAGGCAUCUCGAGCAGCAAAAGCAGCGCGCGCCAUUGCAGUCCUCCUCGACGCCAACAAUUGUCGUAGUCGAAUCACCGCCCACUACGCCGCCCACGGACAAGUCCGAGACGGAGCGUAGGCCAAUAACCGUGGAAAAAACGUCGAUCAACCCGAUUCCAACAGAUAGAAAACCCAGUACAUUGAAAAGACCUGCAGUGGUAAUUCCCUCCCCAAAAAAAUCAAUUGGUUUUGUCACAGAAAUAGUGGAUUUAGAUGAAAUACCAGAGACCCCGCCAGAGAAGCGAAGGAAAGAAUGUUAUACUCCCACUAAGAAUGCAAACGAGGCACCACUAACAAAUGCCCCUUUUACAACUGAGUACGCGGCACUUUUGAGGCUGUGCCGCGAGGUGGACAAUUCGGAUGACAUGGAGAGACUGGUAAGGGGGAAGUUGACCCAGUAUUAUUACAGUGCGCCCGAAAGUUUCGUGAUGUCAUGUGGCUUUCGUAAGCUGGUCACAGUGGCCAUAGCGAGCAUCAAAAACGAGUCGGACCUGGUGUACGUACACCUAGAGUACGUGGUUAAUGAGCUAGCAGCGCGGAGGGUGCCCAAAAUAUUUCCCACAGUACGGGUUACGCCGCCAGUUAGCCAGUUCCCACUUCCAAUAUCAUUCACACCCAAGCAGCCGGAGAUGCUAAAGGCGCUGGAGCGGACUGGCAUAGUGGGAAAAGAGCAGGACGAUGAUGUAGAGGAGGUGACAGUAGUGCAUUUCGAGCCCGUUUCUCGCGAAGAUAAAAGGAGGGAUGAGCGCAUACGCCACUUGAACCGCACGCUGCAUGCUAUUACUAAGCGAAUCAAGAUGUUGGAGGAAGCCGAAGUGGAUUUUAACGACGAGGACUCCAGCUAUCUUCAGGUAGAGCGCUUCAAAAAGCGCGCCUGCCAAAUCUAUGAGAAAAUCUGUGAUCUAACCGGCGAGAGCAAGAGGGUUCGUCGUCAGCUAAAGAAGCCCAUCCAAUUCAAGGAUACGGACUAUCCACACUUCAACCGCAAGCUCUCGGCCUUUGUCAACAAGAUGCACGAGUUUCCCGAUUACCACGAUGUGAUACAAAUUCUGGAACAUUGCAACAAUGAAAAAGAACUUGGACUAGCCAAGUUCGAGAUGAAGAAAAUCGCCCACGAUGCCUUUUACAAAGUCGGUCAAAUGUUGCAGUCACGCCGAAAAAAUGAUCUUUACGAAACUGUCACACAUUUCACGGCAAAUGGAAAAGAUCCAGCGUCCAGUGAUCCUGAGCUGCUGGCCAAGCUGAAGGAAAACAACAAAAAGCAAACCAAAAUAAGUGAUGUCUUAGAAAAGUUUGCCCUCGAGCAGGAUCUCAAUGCGGAGGAGCGGCAGGAGGCGCGGCUCAAGGAGAAAAAGUUGAAGCAAGUAAAAGCGGAUGAAGAGGCAGCCAAGCUGGCUGCAUUGGCGGAAGACGACGACCAGCCAUGCACAAGUGCUCAGGCAGCAGCUAAGGCGGCCGCUCUCGCCGCUUUAAAGAAGAGUCCAGCAGCUCGUGGAAAGGUGAUUGGGAAAAGGCGCCCCAUUAAUGGACGGAUCUUUAAAAUCGACGACGGAGAUGACUCGGAGGAGGAAUCGGACACGGAGGACGACGAUGUUGACGAAUUUGUUAAUAACUUCCAAGCGAACGGUGAUGUGAGUGGUGCCGACUCCGAAGUGGAAGCAGUAACAUCACCAAAGAGAGAUGCCUUGCCGCUUGUCGAGGAGGAUGUGAUAGAUAUAACGAGAGACGAGACUGGCAAAAAGAAUGACGAAGCCACGCCCAACGGCAGGCUUAAGAUAAUGUCCGUCUCUAGUCUGAACGCCAAUUUCGUCCAUGGGCAGGAUCCGCACAGAAAACCCUAUCCCAUGCCGAGUGCUAAGUCUGUCAUUACCGACCAGAUUGUCAUUUCGGAUGAGGAGUCAUAGAAACAGUUUUACCCCCCCCCUAUUUAAGUUAUUUAUUUAAUAUGUUCAGUUUGUUCCUGAAUACGAUCGGUUCACUAAUUGUAAUUUUUUCUACUCUCCUGACUAACAAAAAUGCGGUGGGGUUGAAUAGGUUUUUUGAACAUCAAUCAUCAAAAUUAAUAAGUAAAACUUUAUACAAAAGACAGAUCAUUUUAUAAAGUCAGUGCGUCAAAGAAUUUACGACUAUUUGCAAAGUGUAUAUAUUUAAAGUAAAUUCAAAUAAUUUGUUCAAGUAAAUCUCGUUUAUUCAAAUUUAAGUAUCAAAAUGAAAACAUGUAAAUUAAGUUGUUCAAAGAUAACUUUCGCCCUUACAUUUUUCUGGUUGCUAUAAUGGUUACCGAUUCCACCACGCUUAUUUUUUUAAAGUCCCUACCUUUGGGUACAAGCCACAAAACUACGGUAGUGUAUAUACGGAAUACUACUAGUCUAAGUUAGUCGUAGAAAAUAAACAGUGAGAUGAUGACAGAAAA